AUGCCAUCCAGAGAAGCUUCGCACGCGGGAUCAUGGUACUCGAACAACGCCAAUACCUUGGCCGGGCAGUUGGACGGCUGGUUAGGCCAGGUGCCUGAUACAAUGGACCACGCAGGUCCCCUUCCUGUACCAGGAGCGCGAAUAGUGAUAGCCCCACAUGCGGGGUUUUCGUACUCGGGGCCCUGCGCAGCCUACGCAUACAAGGCACUUGAUCUAUCUAAAGCGAAGAGGAUCUUCGUCCUAGGCCCAUCGCAUCACUAUCCGCUGUCAACGCUGGCCCUUCCGCAGGUCACCUCAUACUAUACCCCGCUCUCCGAUGACCCUCUCCCUCUAGAUACGGAGCUCAUCGCGAAUCUCCUGGCGACCCCCGCAAGGAAGUCAAAUGGAACCAGUAUUAAAUUCACGACCAUGACCCAGUCUGUCGAUGAAGAAGAGCACAGCAUUGAGAUGCAUCUGCCUUACAUCCACCGUCUUCUUCAACGGCAGCUUCCCACUACUCCAACCGCGCAGUACCCUCCGCUGGUCCCAAUCAUGGUCGGAAGUACCUCUGCUGAGACCGAGAAAGCAUUCGGCACACUAUUAGCUCCAUACUUGGCUGACCCCUCUAAUGCUUUUGUCAUAAGCUCAGAUUUCUGCCACUGGGGCCUCCGCUUCCGAUACACAUAUUAUGUUCCCCAGGCCCCGACACCUGGACCUCAAUUGCCUCUAUCCAGUGACGGUCUGCCACAGCCGGGCAUGAAUGCCGAUGAUGUGUUGGGAAAUAUUGACUCAGUUUCCGCCGGACACUCUUUACAGCGUCGAGAUCGUAUCCCAAGCAAAGAACCCACUAUCCAUGAAAGCAUCUCAGCAUUCGAUAUUGCUACCAUGGCUGCCAUCACCACCGGAUCAUCCCAUGCUUUCCUUGACACCAUUGAUCGCACAGGAAACACUGUCUGUGGCCGCCACCCCAUUGGCGUGAUCAUGGCAGCCCUUGAAGUGGCCACUGCCAAUCAGUCCGCAGGCAACCAAGGCCGAUUCCAUUUUUUGAGAUACGAGCGGAGUUCCGAUAUAGAAGAUGUGUCAGAUAGCUCUGUGAGCUAUGUCUCUGCCUUUGCAGUGCUAUAG